AUGAGUGCGCCGACUCUCUUUGCGGCCUUGGCUGCAAACCUGACCACGAAUAGCAGUGCCCCUGCCCCAGGGCCUGCACCUGAAGACACAGAGGAUGUAGUGGAACAGUACAGCUUCAACACAGGGUUGAUGGUGCUGCUCAUGGUCUUGUGGAGUGCCAUUGGCCAUCAAAUCGCCUCAAGGACGAAGUACCUGGGCGAGUGGAGUGCUGCAUGCAUCUUGGGCCUGCUGACUGGACUGGUCAUCCUCAUCAUGCAGCGCUACAUGUCUGCUGAUGUCGUGCACCAGCUGCUCACAUUCAACCCAGCAGACUUCUUCACGUAUCUGCUCCCGCCAAUCAUCUUUUAUGCGGGGCUGUCAGUAAAGAAGAAGCAGUUUUUCCGCAACUUUGCCACCAUUGCCUCCUUUGGCAUCUUUGGCACCUACAUCGCGUUCGCACUCAUCGCCCUGGUCCUGUACGGCCUGGCACAACUCCCCAACGUCCUGGACCUCUCGGACUCGCUGGCGCUAGGAGUAAUCUUUGCGGCGACAGACAGCGUGGCGGUGCUGCAAGUGCUGCGGCCGGACCGCGCUCCGCUGCUGUACAGCCUGGUGUUUGGGGAGGGCGUCAUCAAUGAUGCCACGGCCGUCGCCCUGCUGCGCGCUGUACAGGAGCUGGGCACCAGCGAGAAGGAUCUGCACGCCAGCUUGAUCAUCACAGUCCUCGUCAAGUUCCUGUACCUGUUUGUCGCCAGCAUGUUCAUGGGCCUAGUCUUCGGCCUCGGCACCUCGUUCCUCAUGAAACGCUUCAAGUCCAACUCAGUGCCUCAGGAGGUGGCCCUGAUCGGCAUGCUGGGCUACCUGUCCUAUCUCUGCGGGGAGCUGGCGGGCCUGAGCGGCAUAGUGACGCUGUUCUGCUGCGCGGUCGCCAUCUCGCAUUAUGCGCUGCACAAUAUCAGCGCCCCGGCGCGCGUGACGCUCGUACGGUCUUGUCAGACGCUCAGCUAUGUAUCUGAGGGCGCCAUCUUCAUUUAUGUAGGGAUGGACACGCUCGAUCCUCUCAAGUGGAAGAACACGUACUUUGGGGAGACGGUGUGGCUCUUCUGCGUGCUCCUGCUGCUCACCAUGCUGGGCCGCGCGGCCUUCGUGUUCCCCUUCUCAAUGCUGCACAACUGGUUCUCGCGCGAAGAGGAGCGCCUGACCUUCAAUGAGAUGAUCGUCAUUUGGUGGGCGGGGUUGAUCAGGGGGGCGGUGUCAGUGGCGCUGGUGUAUUACUACUUUGACCCCAAGGGCCAGUCAGAGGACUCGCACCGCGCAACGCUCAUCGCCACGACACUGGUAGUUGUCAUGUUCAGCAUCACGGUCUUUGGCGCCGUCACAAAGCCCCUCUUGGACCUGACUCUCCGUGGCAGCAGAGGUGGCCUGACGGUGGAAGGGAACGCCUCCAACUUGGCGGAGCUCAUCCCCCAUCACAACCACUCCAGCCUGGACGGGCUAAAUCCAGUGGAUGUCAUGCGGCCCAGCAAUGACAAGGGCCCUGCAUAUGCGGCGGUGGGAGUGGCGCAGGAAACGGUGUUCCCCGUCGAGGGCAGCGGCCUGCGCCGCAGCGCGUGGGCGUCCUCCUACGACUCACUGCCCUCCAGCGCUGCCCUGGACGACGGGCUGGACCCCGAGCCUGCUCCGCUGGACAGGAACCACCGGACGGAUAGCGGCAGCGGCGGGGUGAGCGACUUCCGGCCGCCGCCGCUGACGCCGUCCAAGGCGCCCUGGCCGGACGCGGGGGCCGGGCCGAAGGAUGCGGUAGGGCACAAGAGGGUGUCUCAGAACAGCGGCGCGAACACGCAUGCGCGGGCCGGGGAGCCCGCGGGGUCGUCAGGGGGAAUUGAAAUGGUGGAGGGGAGCUAUGCGAAUGGCGCCGGGCUCAGCAGGUCCGCAAACCCCUUCGGCUUUGACAGCUUUGGGCGGCAGAUCACGGGCGGUCCGCAGCGCCCCCGGCCGCCCCUGCCGCACAACGGCCACCCGCAGCGGCCUACGGGGCCGCCAAGGUGGCAGGGAAGCGGGGAGGUGCCACGGCAGCCGCCGCAGCCGCCAACGGCCGCGCUGCUGGGGGAUGCAGCGGAGUGGAAGGGCGCGCCCAAUGGCGCCUCUAGCGGCAGCAGCACUCCUGUCAGCAGGGCCCGCGCCAACUCUAGCUCCCGCGGCGGCCCUGCCUCACAGACUGGCAGGGCGGCGCAGACCCCCUUUGGCUGGCAGGCGGCACAGGGCAGCGCGGACGCGCAGCAGCACCCGGACAAUGGCCCCGGGGAGUCAACGCCGUCGGCUGCGUUUGGGUGGACCGGAUUGGACGAGCGCACGAGCUCCGGCCAUCGCCCGGCCGGCCGCAUCAACCGCUGGUGGACCACCUUCGACGCCGCCUACAUGCAGCCGGUGUUCGGGGGUCCCCCCGGCCGCUCCGGCGGCGGCGGCGGCGGCGGCGGGGGGUCCGAUGCCGACCCCCUCCUUCCCAUCAGGGCCGUGCCGCGCGCGGAUGAGCGCGAUCUUGUCUGAGGCCGUGCCCUUAUUGGGCGGCAGCUUGUAGAAGCAUCGGCUGCAUGAAGAAGGGGACUGCUGUAAAUAUACGUGCGCCAUUUAUGUGCAACUGCCGUUCCCACAAACCGAUGAUCCCACAAUGAACGAGGGUUCUCUCUGGUCUACAAUGGCUGUCAGGCGCACGAACAAGAAGGACGUGUAGGAUGUCAGAACUCCCACAACGGUUGCGCAGUCCUUGGUCUCUUCUGGACCUGCCUUGCUGCGGUUGCUCUCGAUGGCUGUCAUCAUCUGCAAUGCGAGGGUCAAAUC